AUGUUGAAGAGACCCUUCGCUCGUAAUAGAUCAAGUCAACUUAGACGCCUUGAAAUUGUAUGUUGCUAUCAUGGAAGCUGGAGGUGGAAUGAAGCUUUGAAGAAAUUUUCAUUCUUGGAGGAACUUAAUAUCUACAGACAAAAAAUUCCAAAAGAAGCUAUUGAAACUGUUGGGCUUUGUUUCCCUAUGUUAAGAACACUGAGAGUGAAUCAAGAAGCGUGUAGGUUUUGGCCUUGGGAUAGUGUUGAAAAGUCUUACACGAUACGUAAUGAGACAACCAUAGCUAUUGGAGAAAACUUACCUGAGUUAAGGCACCUUGAACUUAUUGAAAACUACAUGUCGAAUAUUGGGUUGCAAGUCAUUUUGGAUGGUUGUUGUCAUCUUGAAUUUCUUGACUUGCGUCAGUGCUGACUUUCAAUAAUCGAUUUUCCUAUUGUCUCUAAUGAUUCACGAAUUCUUACGUUGUCUAGUAAUGGAAAAUUUGGCUCCAACUCAAUAAACCCAACUCGUUGGGUUUUGGGGUUGAAGCAGAAAUCUUCUUUUGGUAUGUUUCAAUUUGGUGGCGUCGCAUCGGAGCCGGAGGGAGAUAUGGAACUAUGGGGAUGGAGAUGGACGAUGUUCCUUGAAUUAUCGGUCAUCGUUGCCUUCGUUAUUGGAGUAGGGUUAAUUCUAGCAAUUGUUGUUGAAACCUUCAAAAGACGAUUCAACCAUGCUCAUCUCGAAGCUCACCCGAUCUUUGAAGAUCCAAAUUCUCUCAAACCGGUUCGAUGCCCUUAUAUCAACGAUCCUGCAGAAAAGUAUAUUUCGUUAAUCAUUCCUGCCUUUAAUGAAGAACAUAGAUUACCAGCAGCUCUUGAUGAGACUAUGAAUUAUCUUCAGCAACGUUCAAGAAAGGAUCAGUCAUUUUCAUAUGAGGUAAUAGUUGUUGAUGAUGGAAGUAAAGAUGGAACAAAGAAAGUGGCAUUUGAUUUUGUGAGGAAAUAUAAAGUAGACAAUGUAAGAGUUAUUCUCCAAAGAAAGAAUCAAGGCAAAGGAGAAGCUAUAAGAAAAGGAAUGCUACAUUCAAGGGGACAACUACUUCUCAUGCUGGAUGCUGAUGGAGCAACCAAAGUUGAUGACUUAGAAAAGCUUGAAACACAGAUUCUUGCAGUUGCAAAAAUGAAAGGUGUGGAAGCUAAUGGUUUAAGUGAAGGAAUUGGAGAUAUCCCAAUUGUGGCAUUUGGUUCCCGUGCUCAUCUAGAGAAAAAAGCUUUAGCCACAAGGAAGUGGUAUCGUAACUUUUUGAUGAAAGGUUUUCAUCUUGUGGUCCUCUUAGCUGCGGGUCCCGGAGUUCGUGACACACAGUGUGGCUUUAAGAUGUUCACUAGAGCCGCCGCAAGGAAGCUUUUCACCAAUAUCCGUUUAAAAAGAUGGUGCUUCGAUGUGGAAUUGGUGUACUUAUGUAAAUCUUUCAAAAUCCCCAUAAGUGAAAUAUCAGUAAAUUGGUCUGAAAUCCCGGGGUCAAAGAUCACUCCAUUGAGCAUUCUUAACAUGUUGUGGGAGCUUACUCUCAUGUCUUUGGGUAAGGAUGUCAGAAUUCACCUGUCUCCACAUUUUGGGGAUACUGUAAUUUACCUUUCUCAUGUUGGUUGUGGGACCCGUAUGACUGUAUGGAAGUUGUUGUGGGAGAGUUUUGAAAAUGAUGUGGAAGAGUUAUAUCAUAUAUGCAUGACUUGGGCACAAAAAAAUGGUAUUUAUGCAAACAAUACGAGGCUAACAAGCAUGAAAAAGAAAUCGGAAAAAUCGAAUAUGGCUUCUUCUUCUUCUUCUUCUUUCCAUGAACUCAAAAAACAAGCUUCUGUUUUCUUGAAAGAGAAGAUCAAAACUGCAAGAUUGGUGUUAACAGAUGUUACACCUGCACAACUAUUGACCGAAGAAGCAACAGAUGAAGAUUCAUGGCCAUCAGACACGCGCACCAUGGGAUUGAUAUCGCGUGCGGCUUUUGAAGUCGAUGAAUAUUGGAGAAUUGUUGAUGUUCUUCACAAAAGGUUGUGGAAGUUUGAUAAAGAGAAUUGGAGAGGGUCUUAUAAGGCUCUUGUUUUAUUGGAACACUUGCUAACUCAUGGUCCAGAGAGAGUUUCAGAAGAAUUUCAAUGUGAUAAAGAGGUUAUUAAGGAGAUGAGUAUUUUUCAACAUGUUGAUGAAAAAAGAUUCAAUUGGGGAUUAAGGGUAAGAGAGAAAUCAGAAAGGAUUUUGAAACUACUUGAAGAAGAUCGGUCUUUUUUGAAACAAGAGAGGAGUAAAGCCCGUGAGCUUACAAGUGGGAUCAAAGGUUUUGGUAGUUUUACUCAAAGAAGUAUCGAGAAAAGAUUGGGAGAAUCAAGAUCACAAAUAUAUUUUAGAUGUAAUUACAACAAUGAUGGAGAUGAAGGAAACAAGGAUUUAAACUAUCGAAAUCGUGAUGUGGGUGAUGAUGAACAUCAAGAUAGAGCCUCUCUACCUUCUACUUAUGUAUAAAAAUAAAAAAGGAUUAAGGAUCGACGAGAGGAUAAAAAAUAGUUUAAUAGAUAGAAAAAAAUUGCAUAUUUAGCUUACUUUUUGUAAAUAUACCAAUAGAAUAGUAAAUAAUAAACAAACAUCUUUGUUUUUUGAAUAUUUAUACGAUUACUUAAC